ACCUGUACCCUGUCACAGCCCACUCGGGUGCCCCCCAGGAGGCACAGACACCAGCCCCAAAGAAUGGGCAGCAAGGAGCGCUUCCACUGGCAGAGCCACAACGUGAAACAGAGCGGCGUGGAUGACAUGGUGCUGCUGCCCCAGAUCACCGAGGAUGCCAUCGUGGGCAACCUGCGCAAGCGGUUCAUGGAUGACUACAUCUUUACAUACAUCGGCGCAGUGCUCAUCUCCGUGAACCCCUUCAAGCAGAUGCCCUACUUCACCGACCGCGAGAUCGACCUCUACCAGGGCGCGGCCCAGUAUGAGAACCCCCCGCACAUCUACGCCCUGACGGACAACAUGUACAGGAACAUGCUCAUCGACUCUGAGAACCAGUGCGUCAUUAUCAGUGGUGAGAGCGGAGCCGGGAAGACGGUGGCUGCCAAGUACAUCAUGGGCUACAUCUCCAAGGUGUCUGGCGGGGGUGAGAAGGUCCAGCACGUCAAGGACAUCAUCCUGCAGUCAAACCCCCUGCUCGAGGCCUUCGGCAAUGCCAAGACCGUGCGCAACAACAAUUCCAGCCGCUUUGGCAAGUACUUCGAGAUUCAGUUCAGCCGCGGCGGGGAGCCGGACGGAGGCAAGAUCUCCAACUUCCUGCUGGAGAAGUCCCGCGUGGUCACGCAGAAUGAAAACGAGAGGAACUUCCACAUCUACUACCAGCUGCUGGAAGGGGCCUCCCAGGAGCAGCGGCAGAACCUGGGGCUCAUGACGCCUGACUACUAUUACUACCUUAACCAAUCGGACACCUACAAGGUCGACGGCACGGACGACAGGAGCGACUUCAGCGAGACUCUGAGUGCCAUGCAGGUCAUUGGGAUCCCGCCCAGUGUCCAGCAGCUGGUCCUGCAGCUCGUGGCAGGGAUCUUGCACCUGGGGAACAUCAGCUUCUGUGAAGAUGGGAAUUAUGCCCGGGUGGAGAGCGUGGACCUCCUGGCCUUUCCCGCCUACUUGCUGGGCAUCGACAGUGGGCGCCUGCAGGAGAAGCUGACCAGCCGCAAGAUGGACAGCCGCUGGGGUGGGCGCAGUGAGUCCAUCGACGUCACGCUCAAUGUGGAGCAGGCAGCCUACACCCGCGACGCCCUGGCCAAAGGCCUCUAUGCCCGCCUCUUUGACUUCCUUGUGGAGGCCAUCAACCGAGCCAUGCAGAAGCCCCAGGAAGAGUACAGCAUCGGCGUGCUCGACAUCUACGGCUUCGAGAUCUUCCAGAAAAACGGCUUUGAGCAAUUCUGCAUCAACUUCGUCAACGAGAAGCUGCAGCAGAUCUUCAUCGAGCUCACCCUGAAGGCAGAGCAGGAGGAGUACGUCCAGGAGGGCAUCCGCUGGACCCCCAUCCAGUACUUCAACAACAAAGUCGUCUGCGACCUCAUCGAAAACAAGCUGAACCCGCCAGGCAUCAUGAGCGUGCUGGACGAUGUGUGCGCCACCAUGCACGCCACGGGUGGCGGUGCCGACCAGACACUGCUGCAGAAGCUGCAGGCGGCCGUGGGCACCCAUGAGCACUUCAACAGCUGGAGCGCCGGCUUCGUCAUCCACCACUAUGCAGGCAGAGUCUCCUAUGAUGUCAGCGGCUUCUGCGAGAGGAACAGGGACGUCCUCUUCACUGACCUCAUAGAGCUGAUGCAGACCAGUGAGCAGGCCUUCCUCCGGAUGCUCUUUCCCGAGAAGCUGGACGUAGACAAGAAGGGCCGCCCCAGCACUGCCGGCUCCAAGAUCAAGAAACAAGCCAACGACCUGGUGGCCACGCUGAAGAGGUGCAUACCCCACUACAUCCGAUGCAUCAAGCCCAACGAGACCAAGAAGCCCCGGGACUGGGAGGAGAGCAGGGUCAAGCACCAGGUGGAGUACCUGGGCCUGAAGGAGAACAUCCGCGUACGCAGGGCGGGCUUUGCCUACCGCCGCCAGUUUCCCAAGUUCCUGCAGAGGUACGCCAUCCUGACCCCUGAGACGUGGCCGCGGUGGCGUGGGGACGAACGCCAGGGGAUCCAGCACCUGCUUCGGGCAGUCAACAUGGACCCCGACCAGUACCAGAUGGGGAGCACCAAGGUCUUCAUCAAGAACCCAGAGUCGCUCUUCCUCCUGGAGGAGAUACGAGAGCGGAAGUUCGACGGCUUUGCCCGCAUCAUCCAGAAGGCCUGGCGGCGCCACGUGGCAGUCCGCAAGCACGAGGAAAUGCGGGAGGAAGCCUCCAACAUCCUCCUCAACAAGAAAGAGCGGCGGAGGAACAGCAUCAACCGCAACUUUGUCGGGGACUACUUGGGGCUGGAGGAGCGGCCGGAGCUGCGCCAGUUCCUGGGCAAGAGGGAGCGUGUGGACUUCGCCGACUCGGUCACCAAGUAUGACCGCCGCUUCAAGCCCAUCAAACGCGACUUGAUCCUGACGCCCAAGGCUGUGUACCUCAUUGGGAGGGAGAAAGUGAGGAAGGGACCCGAGAAGGGCCAGGUGCGUGAGGUCCUGAAGAAAAAGCUGGAGAUCCAGGCACUCCGGGGAGUCUCCCUCAGCACGCGACAGGACGACUUCUUCAUCCUCCAAGACGACGCGGCCGACAGCUUCCUGGAGAGCAUCUUCAAGACGGAGCUCGUCAGCCUCCUGUGCAAGCGCUUCCAGGAGGUGGCGGGGAAGCCCCUGCCCCUCACCUUCAGCGACACACUACAAUUCCGAGUGAAAAAAGAGGGCUGGGGCGGAGGCGGCACCCGCAGCGUCACCUUCUCCCGCGGCUCCGGCGACUUGGCGGUGCUCAAGGCCAGUGGCCGGUCCCUCACGGUCAGCGUGGGCGACGGGUUGCCCAAGAGCUCCAAGCCUACCCGGAAAGGAAUGGCCCAAGGAAAACCCCGGAGGUCAGGCCCGCACCCCACGCGGGCAGCCCCAGGGCCCCCCAGAGGCCUGGAUCGCAAUGGGGUGCCCCCCUCCGCCAGAGGGGGCCCCCUGCCCCUGGAGAUCAUGUCUGGAGGAAGCUCCCAGCGGCCUCCCCGAGGCCCUCCGUCCUCCACUCUGGGGGCCAGCAGACGACCCCGAGCACGGCCGCCCUCAGAGCACAACACAGAAUUCCUCAACGUGCCAGACCAGGGCGUGGCUGGCAUACAGAGGAAGCGCAGCGUGGGACAGAGGCCUGUGCCUGGUGUGGGCCGACCCAAGCCCCAACCACGGACCCAUGGCCCACGGUGCCGGGCGCUGUACCAGUACAUCGGCCAAGACGUGGACGAGCUGAGCUUCAGUGUGAACGAGGUCAUAGAGAUCCUCAUGGAAGAUCCCUCGGGCUGGUGGAAAGGCCGGCUGCAUGGUCAGGAGGGCCUGUUCCCGGGAAACUACGUGGAGAAGAUCUGACCUGGGGAGGGGACUGCAGUUGCACCCUCCCACGUGCCAAACGUGCCUGCCUGCCAAGGAGCCGCAUUGCCCUUGGCUGCCCUGGCCAGAAAGGCCAACCCUACGACCUCCAGCCCAGCUCAGGCCAUGGGUCACCGCUGCAGACCCCACCCCACCCCACCCCUGGGCCCUGGCAUCCCUCCCUGCCCAAGUGUUGGUUUCUUCAUGUGUCAAAAGAGGGUACGUGCAGCACCUACCUCCUACCUAGCUGCCUUGUGCGUACAGGCUGAGUCGUGUCCUGGGCUUUCCACAAGAUGCUGACCAGGCACGGUCCAUGGCAGGGCAGGUAUCCGGCGAUGCCACUUGCCUCCUCCUCUCAUCUCUAAGGCAAUAAACAUCGGCCAGGCAAAAGCACUGACCAUAAGGACUGUGCUCUCACGACCUUGCAACGCAGGGGCAAUAGAUACCCCCAUUUUACAGGUGGAAUAAUGGAGGCUGAGAGGUUCAGUCACUUACCCAAGAUACCACAGAGCCAAGCCGUGCCUUCAUAGCAGGGGUCUUCAAAACAAAUUCGUGCAAAACUAGUAUUAUGAAAAAAAUGUAUGUGUGGAUUUUGAGUUUUUAUAAUUUUUCUGGCACCAAUAUACAUUUUAUC